CCCCUUGUCCCGCAGAUGCAAGCAUGAUUUUCGUGUGGCUAUCGCUGUUGUUUGUGCUGCUGCACGGCUGGGGUUUGCUGCGCGUCUCACGGAAUUGCUCCCCGCCAUGGGCGCGCAAUACCUCGCGCGCACUACUCGUGGUCGCGCACCCGGACGACGAGGCCCUGUUCUUCGCUAACUACAUCAACUCAGCGACACGUGCGGGCGUGCGCGUGCACGUCUUGUGCCUGUCCACAGGCAAUGCCGACGGUCUCGGCAAGGUGCGGGAGAAGGAGCUCCUGCGCUCAUGCGCCCUGUUCCAGAUAACCCGGGACCGUGUCACCGUUCUGGACGAGCCACGCCUGCAGGACGGCUUUCAUGAGUGGGAUGCGGUGGCGGUGGCGUCAGCCGUUACUAAGGCUUUGGAGGCUGUACGGCCAGACGAGCUGGUGACAUUCGACGCACGGGGGGUGUCCGGCCACCCCAACCACACCAGCAUCUUCCGCGCGGUCAGGGGCAUGCUGGACGGCAGCGCGGCACCGCAGGCCGCAGCUGGCGACGGCGACGGGAGCGGCGCCAAGCCCUGCCACGUAUACACGCUGGUCACGCACCCGCUGCCUGUCAAGUUCAGCGGACCACUGGGUGCCGCCGCGCUGCUGCUGCUCGCGCACUGGCGCAACCGCCGCCGGCAGGCGGCCGCGGGCGCAGCCGCAGCUACCAUCACGGCGGCUGGAGGGCAGGGCGCGGUGGAGGAGGCGGUGGAGGAGGCGGUGGAGGAGGCGGGGGCCAGGCCACUGGUGUUCGCCACCGGCAACCCGGUGCUGCCACUUCGCGCCAUGUGCUGCCACUGGAGCCAGCUCGUGUGGUAUCGCCUGCUGUUCAUCCUUUUCUCAACCUACACCUACGUCAACCUGAUUGUGCCUCUGGGCACGCUGCGGUGCUAGCAGGCCCUACACAUUGCUCAUUCUGCCUUUUAACCUGACCUGGCCGGAUUAUUUAUGCCAAUACAAUCAGCCUGCUAGCGGAAGGGCCGUGGCAGCCGGCGCGGCGCCCCGGGUCUGCUGAGCGGCACCGUGUCAGAGGAGAAGGAGCUCGCGGCGGCAGACCUGGCGGCAAUGUUGGAGGCGGAGGAGGUGAAGCCGUGGCAGCGGCAAUAGCAUCGGGAGCAGUGAGAGCAGGAGGGGGAGGAGCCGCGGGUGGGACUGGCAGAGGCGGCUUGCUGCCGCGGCGCUAUGGCGAGCAGCCGACGUGUCUGGGCGGCUUCACCGCGCGCCUGGCGCCCUCGCCCUUCCACGAUCGAUUGCUAAGGCUGAGGCGGCCCCGCUGCCGUGAGCGGAGAGAGGGCGUGAGGAAUUUGGAGGGGCGUGGGACAAAUGAGGGGCGAGCGAGUAGCCAUGAAGCGUGGCUUGGCGUGGGUAUGCUGCUGAUGUCGGGAAUAAGGUGGUGAGGUUGGGCGUUGGGCGGCGGUCAAGUUUCAUGCGAAGGUUGCUGGUGCGAGCGCUUGCUGGCGGUGCCUGUACAGACCAUCCUGGCUUGUCAGGGAGAACCAAAGCUAUUUUGGGUUGUGCCCCUUGCCAGGUUCUCACACCUCAAUGCUCAGCAAGCCAGUCAGUCCGUGGCCCAUCAAGUUACGAGUUGCCUGAUUCAUUGUGACAAUUUGGCCUACUGUAGUGGCAGUGUCUCU